CCACUUCAUUCUCUGAUUUCGAUGGCGGAUUUUCAUCGGUCUCGCCCGAUUCCUUCCUUUCCUUGACGAGUUUCCAAAACCCUAACCUAGCCCCCUUCUCCUCCUUCUCUUAGCCGCUUCGUACGCCUACUCCCCUGGGUAUGAAACUGGGAGAGGGAUCUUUGAAAUAGAGUGGGAAGAGGGACGAAAACUGAUUUCGUUUCGAAAGAAGAUGGACAUCCAGGAUUCUCGCAACUGUGGACAAGGUUCCUCCGAAACAAGAGAAAACGAUGUGUUUUUUAGCUUCAGCGGACAGGAUGAUUGCAAUGACUUUGUGGAUCAUCUUUACCGUAGCCUCCGCCAAGCGGAGAUCAGUGUGUUAAGGGAUGAUGACCAACUUGCCGUGGGAGAGGAGAAAGGGCCGUCGCUUACCCAAGCGAUCAGGCAUUCCAAGAUCGCCAUUCCGAUCCUGUCAGAGAACUAUCUGUCGAGCAUGUCGUGCCGCGCAAAGCUGGCUCAGAUCGUGAAGUGCCACAAGUGCCACAAGACGACGGGCCAGAUCAUCAUGCCAGUCUUCUUCAACGUCUCGCCAGCGGUCGUAAAAAAAGGAUCCUCCGAUUAUGAAAAGGUUAUCGCCAGGCAUAGACAGGAAGACCCAAAGACCCUCCAGGAAUGGAAGAAAGCUCUCAUCCAUUUGGGAUCCAUCUCAGGGGGGACGAGUAAUCGCUCCGGCACAGAUGCUUCACUCAUCGAUGAACUUGUCGCAAAUGUGUUGAGGGCGCUGAACAGAUACCUUGUUGACAUCGAGCAUGAUGUGGAAAGAGUUAUGGAAUUACUAGAUGAGAAAUCUAGCGAUGUUCGUGUAGUAGGAAUACAUGGCAUAAGGGGCACCGGGAAGACCACAAUUGCAAAGCUCAUCUGCACUAGAAUGUUUCGUCAAUUUGAUGACCGGAGCUUUUUGGAAAGCGUUAGAGAAUAUGAAGAAAGACAACUAGGUUUAAAAUUUUUGCAACAUCGGUUGUUUUCUGACCUUCUCGGUGAAACACAUGGACAAAUUAGUUCUUUUGAAGAGAGGAUCAAGCUUCUCAAAGAUCAAUUCGUCUGCAUGAAAUUUCUUAUUGUUCUCGAUGAUGUUGGAGCAAGCUUUCAACUUGAACAAAUUCUAAGAAAUCCUGAUUGGUUAGGCUCGGAAGCAGGAUCAUAAUUACCACCAGAAAAGUACAAGCUUUAGCUAAGCUUGAAGAGUCCCGAAUUCAUGAGGUCAUGGGCAUGCAAAAAGGUGAUGCCCUUAAACUUUUUCACACCCAAGCCUUCAAGGAGAGGCCUGUUCCAAAUGAAUUCGAUACUCUGUCCAAAGAAAUAGUAUGAACUAUUGACUGGCAUCCUUCGACAAUUGAUGUUGUCGGGUCAUAUCUAUAUUCUAAAACCAAGGGCAAGUGGGAGCAGACAUUAAAUAAGUUGCAAAAAGUAGACGAGUUGC